GCGUAUCUCCAUUGCACUGGAAACCUAGAACACCUCUCAUAGAUAUCGAUCGUGACAUCAUCCACUGCAUUCUACACCGAUUUGGCAUCAGCCACUAGGAGGAGCUCACAAGAUCUCCACAGCCAUGGCGGCGAUCACCGGGGGACGGGUGCUCGCGGUGGCUGCCCUUCUCUGCGCCAUGGUGGCUAUGGCUGCGGCGCAGCAGGCGUCCAACGUGCGGGCCACGUACCACUAUUACAACCCGGCGCAAAACGGUUGGGAUCUGAACCGCGUCAGCGCCUAUUGUGCCACGUGGGACGCUAACAAGCCACUGUCGUGGCGCCAGAAGUACGGCUGGACCGCCUUCUGCGGGCCCUCCGGGCCUAAGGGCCAAGCUGCUUGCGGCAAAUGCAUCCGGGUGACGAACCGUGGGACAGGGGCGGCGAUCACGGCGAGGAUUGUGGACCAGUGCAGCAACGGCGGGCUGGACCUGGACUUCGAGACGGUGUUCAAGAAGAUCGACACCGACGGCCGCGGCUACCAGAUGGGCCACCUCAACGUCGACUACCAGUUCGUGAGCUGCUGAGUUCAUGAACCGUAUGUAAUAAUAAGUCUUGAUGUGCGGUGCGAUAGAAUAAGAUGGACCAAAAGACUGCAACUGUGUGGCCUGAAUGAUGCUAUUGAAUUGAAUUAAAUAAAACCACAUCAAAAUAAAUUGCGUUUUCGAUAAA